AUGAGCUCAAUUGUAAAAAAAGGACGCCUGGGGCGUCGAAAAAGCGAUCCGGGGACUUUGACUGUUCGAUCUACUGCUGAUAAAAUUGCGACAUGUGAACUACCAUGGGGAGGAACUAGAAUGGUAACACUUGGACCACUGGAGUUAACCCAAAUGAGUGGACCAUUUGUUGGACAAGCUUCUCUCAUGGAUCUUUUCAAUAUAUUCGAACGAAAAUUGCAUAUUGUGACUGAAGAAGAACCACUUGAGAAGAUGUUGAACAAGACAUUGCAACGUGGUGGUGAUCUAUAUUUUGAUAAUUUAUGUCAUACACUUCAUGGAUUAUCCGAAAUUUGUUUGCCGCCAAUUUUGAAAGUUUUGGUUGAAUGGUAUGAGAAGUAUGAUGAGUCGUUGUGUUUAUCUAUGCUAUCACCUAUUGCUACGCCGGAACUUCGUCUGAAACUCCAUAAAAAGUUAUUGGCAGUGAAUUAUUUAUUCUGUCUCGUACUUAUUGAAAUUCUUCCACAAGUUGAAUUCCAUCUUCCUCAAUGUGAUCCACUUAUCAAGAAAGUUCUAGAGAUUUGCUUCAAAAAUGUACAGUACAGAGAACCAUCGGCAGUUGGAAUCAAUAAAACAAAUCAUUUAGUAGUUGCUGAAACUUAUGGAGAAGUCGUUGGAGUUCUUUCCAGUACAUACUUCACUCAUAUUCAUAGAAUUUUCAUGACCCACAUCACAGAGCUCAAAAAAGACGUUUCACAGACUGCUGCACAACAAAUUGUAGCACUUAUAAUGUCGAUGAAAUUUCUUCGAAUAAACUCGAGUCAAGUGGAAGAUUUUGAGAAUGGAUUGAAAUUUUUGGAUGAUUUGGGAAGUUUACUGCUGGAAGUGAAGGAUAAGGAUGUCAAGCAUGCAGUCAUGGGUCUAUUGGUUGAGAUCUUGUUACCGGUUGCAGCGCAAAUCAAGCGAGAAACUAACAUUCCUGCUUUGAUUUCUCUUGUUCAAAAAUUGUACACUACUACGAACGAUAUGAUUUCAAAAAAGCAGCAUAAGCUUGCAGCAUUUCCACUGAUCACGUGUCUUCUUUGUGUCAGCCAAAAGCAUUUUUUCCUCGCAAACUGGGUACAAUUCUUGAAUUCGUGUUUGUCUCAUCUUAAAAAUAAGGAUCCUCAAGUGGCAAGAGUUGCGUUGGAGAGCUUAUAUAGACUUUUAUGGGUAUAUAUGAUUAGAAACAAUGCAGAUGGAAAUGCAGCAACACGAUCUCGACUCGACUCGAUUUGUGGUAGCUUGUUCCCGAAAGGAAAUCGAUAUAUUGUGCCUCGUGAUGCUCCACUCAACAUUUUCGUCAAAAUCAUUCAUUUUAUUUCGCAGCAAAAAUUGGAUUUUGCAUUCAAGGAAAUAAUCUUUGAUCUCCUAUGUGUCAACAAUCGAACACAAAGAUCCUUGUAUGCGGAACGAAUGAACGUCGGAAUUCGUGCACUGAUGGUCAUUGCAGACGGUCUUCAACAGAAGGAUGAUCCACCAGCAAUGCCAAAAUCAAUGGGACCAUCUGCAAGUGGAACUGUGCACAAGACAAAAAGAAAACAAUACAUCACAAGACCAUUAACAAAUGAAAUUUCAAAAUCGAUCGGAAUUGAUCAAUUCUAUCCACAGUGCCGAAAGGCUUUCGAUAGUAUUCUCCGCCUUCUGGACACACAAAUCGGCAAACCACUCAUGAUGUCUUCGAUUCAAAAUCGUGGAAAAGAGCCAGAUGAGUUGAUUAGUGGAGAUGCAAAGCCAAAGCUUGAUCUGUUCCGAACUUGUAUUGCUGCGAUUCCAAGACUUCUUCCUGAUCCGAUGAGUCAUGUGGAUUUGAUCGAUCUCCUUACUCGCCUUACAGUUCAUCUCGAUGAAGAGCUUCGUAACAUGUCUGGAAUCACACUUCAAACAAUUAUCGGAGAAUUUCCUGAUUGGAGAGAACAAGUGUUUAUCAGUCACAUCUCGCUCAUUCAAUCUCAUAUUUAUGAUUUCUUUCCACAAAUUUUGGAUGAUUCCCUUCGUUUGAUGCUCCAAUCUUUGACAACAUGGAAAACUGCAAUCACUGCCGAAAAGAAGCGAGAAGCCGAGAAAAUUAUUCCGACAAGUCCGCCAAGUUGUCACUCAAGUCAUGUGACAAGUAAUAGUACCCACAGUACUCACAUCUCGGUCAGCUUCCCCAAUACUGUCACAUCAGCAUCUUCGAUUCUUUCCAAUUCAUCAUCACCACAUCAACCAACACCUUCACUGUGUUCUUUACCAGAAUCUUCAUCUCUUCAUUCAAUUCCAACUGCAAUGACAUCACUUUCAACAACAACUACUCCAACUCAUUCACAAGGUGCUCCAUCAACAUCUACUCCAAUCGGAGGUAGUGGUAACAGUACCUUGUCGGUUUUGCAUCAAAUGGAAGGAUUGGCCAUUGUGUAUCUAUGUCAGACUCGAUCAAAUCCACGUGCUAUCGCUGUCAAGAUUUUGAAAGAAAUUCAACUGAUCUAUGAUCUUCUUGGAAUCGAGAUGAUUGAUACACCGGUCAUUGAUGUGCUCGACCAGGCAACUCCAUAUGUUGUGAAAAAGUAUAUCGAACACGUGCCUAUCAAAGAACGAAUGUCAUGGAAUAUGGACUUUUCGUCGGUUUGUGAUAAGAUCUCGACGAUCGAAACGGACAAUACUUUGGUGAACAGUGAUCGUGGAAACGAGUACUUCCAAUGGGAUCCGUGGGGUUGUGCACUUUCGGGUUAUGCAGAGAUAAAGCACUUGCUCACAAAAUGCCCAAGUGCAGUUGCUGCAGCGUGGCCAAUACUUUUCUCGAGAUUAAAUGCAGUUUCAGGAUAUGUUGAUCCGAAUAACCCACAAAACGAAAGUCGUUCAUCUCUUCUCCGUGGGUCAAAAAGUAAAGGAACUUCAUCGAUUCUCGGCGAGCAACUUGGACAAGAAGCAUGUCUUGCUCUCUGGCAAAAAUAUCUCAUUAUGUGCUGCGCUUUGGCUCCGGCUCCAUACAAUCUCUCACAGCGAAGCUUCAGUCCAACCAACUCAAUGGAUGGUCCAGUUGAUGUGUUUCGAUCUGUGUCUGCGUCACUCAGAUCUUCAAGAACUCCAGUUCCAAACUCAUUAUCUCAAUUGAUUUCAAAAGUUUGUAUGAUUUUGAGAUGGGAAAACUUGACUGACAUUCGUGAUAGUGUUGUACUUGGAGUUGGUUCUAUCAAUCCACUCGCCUUUGAUAUGAUGCUUGAAGAGUUAAAAUCAAAUGGGAUCCUUCGAGAAGCUACAGAAAAGAAGGCAGAGACAAAUUUACGAAGAAGAAAGCGAAAGGAUUUAUUGAGACUUCAAAUUAUUCGAGUAAUUGAAGUUGCCAUAUUUCGAGGACUUUUAUUAGUUCAUUCGGCUGGAAGUUCAGAUUUCAUUCUACAUCCACAUGUUGUUGAUUUUAUUGAUUCGAUGAGGGUCAAUUUGGAGAGCGAUCAUGAUCGGGACAUCACAGUUGUUACAAAACUCCGUCUUCACUUUGCCAAACUGAUUCAUCUGAUCAUUGACUCAACUCCACAUCUGUCUAGACACACUCUCUUUUCGGAUGAACGUCGUCAUAAGCUCUUCUAUCUCUUCAUUAACUGGUGCUCACGUGCAAUUGCCGCUGAUCGGAAGUUCCGUGACAAAGAAGUCGGUUCAUAUGUUGAACAGAAAUCUGUUCUUGCAAUGUCUCGUAUUCUAUGUUGUGGACCUAUUUUUGAACCAGCGAAAUCAAUUGGCGAAGAUGGAUAUUUAUAUGGAUGGCUUGAAAAGUUGAUCAUCUCGACGAAUCCAACGAUGCAGGCAGAAGUUGAAGAAAUGUUGGCAUGGAUGUUGGAGUUGAACGAGUCUGGAGUUUUAUUGGAUUGGUUGAUGAUGCAGUGUUAUACUCAGCCACCUACUGUCGCAUGCCGAUGCUUCAGAGCUCUAGUUCGAGUGUUCUCACGUCGUGACUUCCCCUGUGAAUUUGUCUCCCUAUUCGUUCUGUGCCAAUCUAUGCUCGCAGUCAACUCAGUCACCGAUUGUGCUCUUCACAUGAUCGAGAUUCUAAGGAAGCAGUUUUUGGAAACAUCAAAUAUUCAUGCAACGUCUCCAGCUCAACAAGUCACUCCCAUUGUGCAAAUGAGAAAUCAAGCCGAUGUUCUGACGAAUAUCUACAACGGUUGCCAUAUCCUACCAAUCGAGCAACACGAUGUUUGUACCCGACUCGCCAACUCGUAUCCUCAUUUGACAGUCACAAUAUUCAGUGAAGUCUCAUACCGUCUUGAGACUGAAAGCUGCUCAAACAAGUCACAACUCUUGGCACUUCUUCAGCCAUGGAUUUCCAAUUUAGAACUUGUUGAUCAGAAUGUUGUCGAAGAAGCUGCUGAAGGACCAAGAGGAUGGGGAUCAGAAGAAGCGACUCAAUUGGUGUUGAACAAUUUACUCUACUUGACAGUCACAUUAUCCAAUGAUCAUGAGAAGGAACUUGCUGAAGAGUCACUUCUCCCAUUCACCAAAAGAAUUUGUGUAAUGAUGUCACAAGUUGUCGGCACUCGAAUCUCAUCGAUUCUGCUGGAAUGGCUCAGCACGGUGCAUGAUAGCUCAAAAAUCACACUGGAUCGAAGUGAAAUUCCACCGUAUUAUCGAUGGAAAGAUGAGAAUUCUGAACGAAAAGCUAAUGAAGGAUCCAUUGCCAGAGACUCAUUGGAACGGGAAGAACCAACUAAAGAAGGAGUUCGAUUGCUGCCGAUGCCAGCUUAUGGAGGUCACUACUCACCACUCAGCCAGUUCUUGCCUCCUGUUGUUCAGCCAGUGCAGUUUUUCAACAAAAGUGAAGUAGGUCUUCUCUUGGUCUGUGAUAUCAUAAGAACUCGAUGCUCGGUGGAUUGGUCUGAAUCAAUGGCUCUACUUCUUCAUUUCUCAAUUCUUCGAUUAGAUUCUCUACGUCCUGCUCUCUGCCGUCAUGCUCGCCAAACUAUAAUCAAUGUGAUCAUGCUUUACAUGGAGAAGAACCAGCUGGCACUGGUCUCCUCAAUUCUUUUGAAAAACGAGAUGAUCUACGGAACAGAGACCAGUCCAAUCAUCGGAGAAAUAGCUGUCGGAGUCUGUCGUGGAGAGUCUCCCAGUUUUGCCAGAGCUACUGCCGAUGAGUAUAGGAAGAUGAUCUUUGCGAGUCCAUCGCUUUUCUCACAGAAUGAUCUUCUAUCGGCAGUGGUGUUUUGUAUGAGUGAAGAAAUGGAUACUCCAUUUUGGGCAAAUGAAGAUGCAAAUUCUCGAAAUUGGAGAGUCCCAAGCUUUGAGCAACUCUCGUGUACUGUACAUCACAUUGUGAGACUUUUGAUCAACAAGAUGCCAAUGAUUGAAGUUAUUUGGACACAACUAGCCAUGAAAAUGGCACUUUCCACAUCGAACCGCCAUUUAGCUGGACGAUGCUUCCAAAUUGUUUCAGCACUUGAGCAACCUCCGGGUCCAUGGAUCCCAUCGUUAAUGUCCAGAUUGGUGGAAACUGCUGGAGAGCAACAUGAUGAAACGCAGUCUUAUGUCACGGAUCUUAUGUUGUGCUUAACGGACUGCUCUCCUUAUAUUUCACCGACAAUAAUGGAAGCAAUCGAAAUGCGUCAAGUGAUAUCACCAACUCAUAUGCGUUCCACAUCAUACACACCUGCAUUCGUUCGUCAAUCAGUCAUCUAUUCACGUGUUCAACAAUCUGAUAAAAAGAAUGCUCGUCUAUCACUGUUGGUUGCUGAUCAAGAGUCAUGGGCUUCAAAGUCGCCAGACGCACUUGUCCGGAGCAAAAGUGCAGAGCAGUUGCAGAGUGAGAAUGAUGUUAAUGAGGAAACAAUGUCCCGAAUGCAAAUUCUUGCGAUUGCUGUUAGUAUGAUGGAAAGUGGAAUUGAAAAUGAGUUCCUAUUGGCUCUGAAUCUUUUGAAUAAAGUGCUCGAUGUGCCAACUUCUCAAAAAGUUCAAUGUCUCGCAAAGUACGAUAAAAUGGUUGGGCAACUCGAAUGGAAGAAUUUCAAUGGAAUUAUCUCGCUUAUUACUAGAGGUGCAAUCAUUCCAACUGCCUAUGAAUCAUCAAUUCAAGCAAUGAUCCAAUUGAGUGAUGUUCUUUCUGAAGAAGUCGUUGGUGGACCAAAUGGAAUUGCUAUUUUUGUCACCCACACUCUACCGUACCUUGCCACAAACUUUGAUGCUCCAAACUCACUGUGCAUCAACGUGGCAAAUGCUAUUGCGGCGUUUUGUGAUGAAAGCAUCAAGACUCAAUCAGGAGCUCCAGCAGAUCAUCCAUUUGUUCAUUUGUCAACAAUAAUGCGACAAUAUGCAAUGCGUACUUUUAUGAAAGAUGCUCAACAAUUUAUGAAAUGUGUCCUACAGUACAUUUGUGAUGGAUGCAUUGCACUAAACGUUGAGACUCUGAUGUGUUUGUUGGCUGAAAUGACUGAAAGAGGAAUUACUGGGUUGAAUGGAAGUGUACUUCAUAUGUUGUUCCUUUUACUGCAGCAUAAUCAUCAUUCAAUAUCACCAUUGUUGAUCAAUGCACAGGUCAUUCGAAGUGUGUCCCGAUUCCUACAAGGCAACAAUUGGCCGGAUGUCUCGAAAAUUUACAAGACAAUUGUUGAGAAAUGGAGAAAUGAGAAUCCCGAUCAAAAUGCCCAUUUCUCACUUGAAGUCACUGGACCAACUGGAACAUCAGGAGUUGUGACAGUCAAACCAUCAGAGGAAAUUGGAAAAUCUGAAAAGGUGUCUGAAGAGAAGUCUUCUGAGAAACCAAGUAUUGAAGUAGCUACUACAAGUUUGAAACGCUAUCCACCAGCUCAUAUGCGAGUCCGAGAUAAGCUUGUUGGAAUACUCUCGGCUUCUGGUUUAAGAAUUGGAUUGCCGUCUUCAGUUUCACUUGUAUUCUCAAGAUCUGAUCUAGGAAGUGCAACAUCAUCAACUGAAAGAAUCUGUGCAUCAUCACAAGAAGUUGCAUCUACAAUGUCACUUCCAGAUCCAUCACAAUCUGGAAUAACUGACUCAUUCCCAAGAGUUUUCAAAGAAUUUGAUUUCUUAGAAGCAGAACAUGAUAGUGUGUCUGAAACUGCGGAUAGCUGCUUUGGAUGGUUAUCAACAAUGAGACCAACACGAGAAAAGGAUGAUGAACGUGCAUCAAUCAGAAGUUCACUUCGAAAUCUGUCGAGUGGGGGACAAGGUGGAGAAGAGGAAGAAGAGGAACCAGAAGAGGAUGAAGAAUCAGAAUCCCACGAAGAAGAAGAGAAUAGUGAAAGUGAUGAUUUGCCGAGAAAAGUUGAAGAUGAUGAUUUGGAGGAAGAAGAUGAGGAUGAAGAGGAACGAACUCCUUGUCCAUCGGAAUGUUGUGAUGAUGAUCGAGAAGAUGUUGAGAUGAUGCUCAGGCAAGAUAUUGAAGCUUAUGCAAGUAGAGGUGGAAGUGUUGCUGCAUCGUCAAUGGCUGAUGAUGAUUUGAGAAGUCGAUUGACUAAUAAUAUUGUAUCAAUUUCAUCUCAAAUGACGGAACAUCGUCACUUAGAAGAAGAAAAUACAUCAGUGGAUGGAUCAUCAGUGUGUGCCUACAGUAAUGCCUCGAUGCUUGCUUCAGAGUACUAUCCGAAUCGUACAAGAUCUCUACGAAUUCAAUGUUCUCAUCAUCUCGACUCGAGGAUCGAACGUGAAUUUUCAAUGUCUGUUAAUGAGAUUAACGAGUCAAAUGAUUGCAACCUAUUGGCCUAUGGUACCCUGUUAUCCACUCAACUCUAUAAAUCAUCGUGUGGAAAAGUUUGUGCAUUGCUCAGAGAUGCAUCUCAUAUUUUAACCAACAGAGCAAUGUCGAGAAGUUUUGCUUCUGCGCAAGAGACUCUAUGCAACGUGGUCGACAUUCCCUUCUUGUUUGUCACGGAGCAAUUCCUUCGAAAUUCUCCGAUUUGCCAGCGACUCAAAUUCACACUAAAUGAGCUCAAGGAGCACUGGGAAACAUUUGAUGAACGUAGAGAUCAGUGUCAAAAGGGGAUCAAUUCACUUCGAUCUGCAUACAAGUUGUCUGCACUCGGCGGAUCCACGUCAUCAUUCAGCUUGACGUCAGAACUCGAUUUGGGAAAGUUGUUGAACAAACUGGUGUUCCAAGUGAAACUAAUGAUUGAUGCACUCAAAGAUAUGUCAGAUGCAGUGAAGAACUCGACAAGCUCACAGACAUACUCCCUAUCGCCUGCCAUCCUGGAACAUCACCGCGAGCUUCUGAUGUGUGCAUCCGAUGACGCUGCUUCAUCCGUCAACUCGUCACUUUCACGCCUCAACAUUGACGACUCGAUCUCUCGAUCACAACACUCUUGUGAUUCGCUCGUUCUGCUACUUGCGAACAAACGAUACACACAAGCUUUGCAAGCUGUUCGACAACUUAGAAGGACGUACGGAGAAGAGUAUGGAUGCUGUGAGACUGUCGAUGUUGAUGUUCUGCUCUUGCUCUUUUGUAGAAGUCAUUCAUUGAAAGCAUGGGCUUUGGUUGGUGCAUCAUCAGAGGAACUCACCCGACAAAGUGAGCUCUUGCGAGAAGCCAACGCCGAGCUGGCUUCAUGUUUGAGAAGAAAUGCUCAAAGUCUUCAAAAUAUGGAGAGAAUGACACCUUCAAUGGGAUCAGCGUCAAUGACCGAAUCAUUCGCACAAUUGCCUUCCUCAUCAGAUCAUUAUGAUUAAAUUAGUGGAAUUGCGUUGUAAAUAUACUACAUUCCAAAAACACCAAUUUGCUUUACGUUUUAUAAUUAUUUUCUGUAUUUUUAAAUCAAGCCAAGAAUUGUAAAAACCAAAUAAAGUUCAUGUGUCAUACAGC